GGGUCCCGCCCUCAGUUUACAGUCCGGCACUGAAUCCGGAGCCGCGGAUAAGGAAAUACAGCUCCGCUCAGACGUUCCGUUUAGUAACAGCGGUUUCGCCACGUCCUACAGCAGCCGCUCGCGGUGCGGAACACUUGUGGGGUGAACGCGAGUCUGCGCAGACGCGGAUGUGCAGCUCCAGGUUUAGCUUCAGUCCGCGCGAGAGAGAAAGAGAGAGAGAAAGACGGACUGUCUGUGAGAGUGUGGGAGCUGCUGAACCGGAGCGAGUGAACUGAGGAUUGCAGAUGGAUUCGACAUGGAGGGGCCGCUUUCCUCUGCUGGAGAAUAAUGGCACUGUGCUUGCAGACAACAGCUGCUACAGUGCUUCCCAGAACACUGUGCUGAAGGGAGUGAGCUUUGGAGGAGUGCCUGUGGUUCUGCUGCUUGACUUCUUGGUCUUCCUAGUGUUGCUGCUGGUCUUUACCUGCAUCAGAAGGAAACUAUGGGAUUAUGGAAGACUGGCAUUAGUAGCAGAGGCUGAAGGGUUUAAUGACAUUUCUAAACGUCGCUAUGGUAGAAUGACCUCUUUCAUGUCCAUUGAGGAUCCUGAGUACGAAAGGGGUGUAUGUUCUUGGCUCACCUUCAUCGUCAGAAUGGAUGAGGCAAUGGUGAAAGAGAGAUGUGGAAUAGAUGCUGUGCACUAUCUCUCCUUUCAGCGCCAUCUUAUUAUUUUGCUGCUCAUCGUCUGUGUGAUGUCUGUAUCUGUGAUACUCCCAGUUAAUCUCUCUGGAGACCUGCUGGCAAAUGAUCCAUAUAACUUUGGCAGAACGACCAUUGGAAAUCUUCAGCAAGGAGAUAAUCUGCUUUGGAUACACACCGUGUUUGCAAUUCUGUAUUUGGUCCUCACAGUGGCGCUGCUGAGGCGUCACACUUCACUAAUGAAGGAAACAAAAAGAGAGUCUGCCAGAAAAACCCUUUUUGUGUGCUCAAUUCCCCUGACAGCCACAGAAGACAGUUUAAAGGCACAUUUUAUAGAGGCAUACCCCACCUGCCACGUGACAGAUGUUCAUCUGUGCUAUGAUGUGACAAAGCUGAUAUACUUAACAACAGAAAAGAAGCGAGCAGAGAAAAACCUGGAUUAUUACCGCAAGAUUUUAGAUUGCCAGGGGCACCAUGAACUAAUCAACCCACGACCAUGUGGACACCUCUGUGGCUGUUGCAUUUGCCAAGCAUGUGAAAGGGUUGAUGCUGUAGAAUACUACUGUUCUCAGGUGUCUAGACUUGAAGAAGACUUGAAAAAGUACAAAGACAUUCAUGGGCCACGUGCACUGGGAAUGGCCUUUGUCACUUUUCAGACUGAAUCCAUGGCGGCAUACAUACUAAAGGACUUCAAUGCCCUUGAAUGUGGAAGUGGGUCUCAGGAAAUGAGCGGGAGAUAUAUGAUAAGAGGUAUAUCUUUUGGAUGUGGGAGAGGGCCUCAGCCUUCGUCGUCUAGUGAACAGCUCAAAGUGAAAAAAUGGAAAGUGAGCUAUGCCACACAUCCAAACAACAUUGUCUGGGAACAUCUUUCAGUAAAGGGGUUGUGUUGGUGGUCUCGGUGUCUGCUGCUCAACAUCUCGCUCUUCAUCCUGCUCUUCUUUCUUACUACUCCCUCAAUUAUUAUCACCACCAUGGACAAGUUUAAUGUCACAAAACCCAUCUACUACCUAAAUAGUGCUGUUGUCAGUCAGUUUUUCCCAACUCUGCUUCUGUGGCUCUUCUCAGCACUGUUGCCUACAGUGGUCUACUAUUCCACACUGCUUGAGGCUCAUUGGACCAGGUCAAGUGAGAACAUGAGCAUGAUGUAUAAACUCUACAUCUUCCUUCUUUUUACUGUGUUAAUCCUGCCCUCAUUGGGCCUCACUAGUUUGGAUGUGUUUUUCCGCUGGCUGUUUGACACUCAGUCAGAACGAAAGCUGAGGUUUGAGUGUGUGUUUUUGCCAGAUCAGGGGGCUUUCUUUGUAAACUAUGUGAUUACAGCCGCAUUGGUGGGCUCUGGGAUGGAGUUGCUGCGGUUACCAGGGUUACUGCUGUACACUGUGCGCAUGGCACUUGCACGCUCAGCUGCUGAAAGAAAAUAUGUCAAACAGAAUCAGGCAUAUGAAUUUGAAUAUGGAGCGAUGUAUGGAUGGACUCUGUGUGUCUUCACUGUCAUUAUGGCCUACAGCAUUACCUGUCCAGUAAUAGCACCUUUUGGUUUUCUGUAUAUGACCUUAAAACAUCUGGUAGACAAGCACAAUCUGUAUUUUGCUUAUUUGCCUGCCUGCCUUGACCAACGAGUGCACCUGGGAGCUGUCAAUCAAGCACUUGCUGCACCAAUCAUCUGCCUCUUCUGGCUUUAUUUCUUUUCUGUUCUGAGGACAGGCUUUAAGGCUGUUACCUCUCUCUUUACCUUGGUGGUUCUGUGUGUAACCAUUUUCAUUUGCAUUAGUUACACCUGCUUUGGUCACUUCAAGUACCUGAGUCCACACAACUAUGCUGUUAAGAAAGAAAAUGAAGACUCUGAUGGAGCUUCAGAGAGUUCUACUAGCUCGGUGUACCUUCCUAAGGUUUUAAACCCAGACUCAGCCUCCCAGUCCCCUGGCAGCCUUCACCAAUCAUACGGCACCACAGAGUCCGGACCGGCUUUCAUUACCUCUGAAGAGGAGCAGCAGGACAUCUAAUGGAGCUGACAGUAGAUUCCUGUUAGCCUGCAGUCUCUGCCUCUGCUACUGCUAAAACAGUUUAAGUCUAGUUGGACAUUUUAUCCUCUUCUAGAUGACAGGAAAAUCCUGUGAGGAUACUUAAUCAUCAGAAAAUCCAAAAAUAGAUCAAGUUAUAUUAGGGCUUCUUUAAACACUUACAUGUGUUUGUACUUUCUAUUGGCUUUCCAUUGAAGGGACCAUGUCAUUUAAAAAAUAUCUUGUAUACUCUAUAUGACUGGUCAAUGGACUGAUGCUCAGGAACAAAGCUAUGCUUAAUGAAAAACCCUUCAUCAUGGAAAUGAAGCCAAAUAAAUUAUUACUAAAUUAUUUUAUUGGUUAUUUUAAGGAAUUGUCAGACUUGCCUCAUAUAACGAAGGAGUGUAAUAUGUGCAGCUUAUUUAUUGUUGCUGUAAUUAAUAUGUAAAAAAAAAUGUCAGAAGUUGAUCAAAAAUCAUUUGUACUGUUACAAAAAGGAGGGUGGUUCUUUCAUAAUUGCUCAGAUGUGCACAAUGUAGGAUUUUAUAUUCUUUUGCUACAAUUUCAUAUUUUACAUAUGUGCCUAUUUUUGUACUGAUAUGUGUCAUGUAAUAAUAUUACUGUAUACUGUAAUAGCUGUCAUGGACUGUUUUCUGCAUGCUUAGAGACAUGUGCACAAUGACACGUUUGUCUAACCAGUUGCAGUUUAAAAUUCUUACUAGUUGGUGACACUGUUGCUUGUUUCUUUAGGUUUGACUGUGUGCGUCUGAAUGAAGAACAUAUGUAUGAGUUUCUGAAAUGAUAACCAUGAUUUGGUCAGUUUUGUGUGAAUAAAGGGCCUUUCCCAUUA